UGGUGGCGAGGCCCCAGCCCACUGGGCUCCCGGACGGCGAGGCGGCGGCAGCAGUUGGGGCAUGGCGGAGGACGAGCCGAGGCGGCCGCAGCUCGACAUGCCCCUGGUCCCGGACGAGUACCUGACCAGGCAGAUGCGGCUGCGCGUGGAGAGCCUGCGGCAGCGCGGGGAGAAGCGCCAGGACGGCGAGAAACUGCUGCGGCCGGCCGAGGCCGUGUACCGCCUCGACUUCGUCCAGCAGCACAGGCUGCAGUUUGAGCGCUGGGACGUGGUGCUGGACAAGCCGGGCAAGGUCACCAUCACGGGCACCUCCCAGAACUGGACGCCCGACCUCACCAACCUCAUGACCCGCCAGCUGCUGGACCCCGCCGCCAUCUUCUGGCGCAAGGAGGACUCGGAGGCCGUGGAUUGGAAUGAGGCCGACGCCCUGGAGUUCGGGGAGCGCCUGUCCGAGCUGGCCAGGAUCCGCAGGGUCAUGUACUUCCUCAUCACCUUCAGCGACGGCCUCGAGCCCGCCAACCUCAAGGCCUCCGUGGUCUUCAGCCAGCUCUGAUGGCAGCUGCUCGCUGCGACCCCUCCUCUCGCCCACCUGCCCUGUCCCCUGCCCGGACCCCCUGCCCCCAGGUGUGUGUUUGGGGACAUUCUUCCAGCUGCUGGCCUGUGCUCGGCUUGGCUGGGAGCCCCUGAGCUGGCGUCCUUCCUCUUCUCCUUUCUGUGGUGCUGGCGCUCCUGCUCACGGGAGGAUGACGCAAAGGCUCUGUAGUCUAGAAGCUGAACUGGCUGCCACUGCUUCUGCUGGAGACCGGGAGGCCUGGUCCGGGCUAGUGUGGGAAGUUGGAGGGGCCCCAGGCCUCUGCCUUCUCUCUGCUUCAUUGUCCGGAGAGAGACUGAGAGAGACCAAGAGACAGACAGAGACGGGCACAGAGAGAGAGAAAUCCAAAGAACCAGCCCUCGGGCUUUCUCUGGAGACAGGGAGAUGGAGACGACAGAGCAGCCUCCUUGGAGAAUCCAGCAAACAGGCGUUUGCUGCCCGCCUGGCCACAGCGCCCUUUGCCCCAGCCCAUGUCCAGAGGCGAACACCCAGCCUGAGGCCCCCGGACAGCACUGCUCCUGGCACAGGCCUGGUGUGGUCCCUCUACGCCUCGGGGGCCCUCAGGACAUCGGGCAGGCUGCUGUGGGGUUGAUUUGGGCUGUGGGGAGUGGUUGGCAUGCUGGAGGCCGUGCAGGCCAACGCUUGCAUUUCUGAGAAUGACUUCAGGAGGGGAGAAGUGAAGUGGGAGAUUAUAAAAAAGUCACACAGAGAUCUAUCUAUAUAUCCACAUAGAUAUAUAUAUAUAUCGAGAGAGCAUGCUGUAUUCAUAUGGAUAUAUUGUAGAGUCUAUACCUGCCGUAUGAACAAGUCCGAUUUUAGGUUAUCUAUCAUAUAAUUGCCUAGCCGGUUCACAGGUGGUCCUUAGCAGGGGCUUCGUCAAAAUGACUUUGGGGAGGUGGGGCUUUCUGAGCUGGGAGCCUUUGAGAUUCGAGCUGUGAAGCAGGGAACAGUGUGGUACAGGGUUUCCCUCAGCCUGGGGGCGCUGGAUAGAGGGAUCCGGAGCCCUGGCAUCUUUAGUGAAUCGAGGGACAGGGUGGGGCGGCCUGGUAGGGCAGUUGUGAUGGCUGAUGGUCAGAAGUGGGCUGGAGGUGACAGUAUGGUGUGACAGUGGAACACUGGCCUCAGGUCAUUGGGUGCAACCCACUCACCAAACAGGGCAACUGAGGCACAAUUAUCAGCAGAUUGAGUUCCAGCACCCAAGCCUCAUUUCUGCUCACCCAGUGAUCCCCCCUUGGAGGGAGGGGUCUGACCUGCCUGGCAUCAGCCAAAGGCACCUCAGGAGGUGCCCCCAACACCCUGUCUCAGGGACAGCCCUGUUUUUUGUCAGGAAUGUGCCCAUGACAUUUCCCUCACAAAGCAGAGCCAUCGGGGGCCCCAGGGCCCUGGGAACAGAUGCAUUGAAAGAUGGAGAAUCCGAGCCAUCUUUAAUCGCCAGGGCUGCUGGGAGUUCGAGCCCCCACUCUAUAGGCCUGCAAGCAGGAGCAGGGUGUCGGAGUUGGGAGUCUUUAGGUGCGAGAUCGACUAUGGUGUGAACUACAGUCCUUUCUAACUCUCAGCUCUGGGCCUGUCCCCGACGUGCUUGAAGAGGUCCCGGUGUGGCCUGCCUGGCUUCUUCGCUGACUCCUGGGGGAGGCCAGGCCCCUGGGCAUGGCCCUGCCCUUCUGCCUCUUUGCUUGACCUCUCCCUGCAGCUCUGGGGACCUCCUAGUGCAGACUGCCUGUACCCUACCCUGCCCCACCACAUCUGCCCUGUGCUGUGCCCACUGUGUGUCCCCAAUAAAGCCCGUGUGCCCCUGCCUCGGUGGUGUGCAGUCUUUCACUGCGAGCCACUCCCUCCGCUUCAGGAGCUCUGGCUUAUCGGUCCCCUCACAACCCUGAGCGCCCCUCCCCGGCCUUCUCCCACACUCCUGACCCCUCCUCCGCCACUUGCAGGGCCAAGACCCAGAGCAGUCGGGUGACUGGGCCAGGGUCAGACCUCAGGGUGGCGUUUAGAACCAGGUGUCCUGACACCCCGCCAGGAACCAACACCCCUGACAGUUUUUCUGCGGGGGCCCCUGGACCAGCCUCUGUCUGGGGUGUGGAGAGAGCCAUGCUGAGGCUAUGGAGUGGGACCUGGAGGGGUGGGUGGGGACACACCAAGCCAUGCCC